CCGUAAACAGCGACACCAUGUGGACGGCGCGCGUGGAAGGCGGACCGUGCUGCUCCCAGCACGCGGCUGUGGCCAUCGGCGACGACGUGUACUCGUUCGGCGGUUACUGCGCCGAAGAGAUAAAUACCACUCGUCGGCCCAUGGAUGUGCACAUACUCAACACUGGCUCUCUCCGGUGGACGCUGGUCCCGGUGCAGAGCAACCUGGAGAACGUGCCCUUCCAGCGGUUCGGCCACACGGUGGUGGGCUACGGCGAGUACGCCUACCUCUGGGGAGGCCGAAACGAGGACGGCGCCUGCAGCAUAGUCUACCGCUUCGACACAGAGUCGCUGACGUGGCUUCGUCCUCGCACCACGGGCGAGACCCCGGCUGCGCGCGAGGGCCACUCUGCGUGCGUGGUGGGCAGUCGCAUGUACGUGUUCGGCGGUAUUGACGACGAGGCCGACCGGAUGUCCCAGGACGUGCACGUGCUCGACCUGGACACCAUGCACUGGCGGUUCCUGGCCACCCGAGGCAACGCACCAGAGUGGCGCAGUUUCCACACUGCGGUGGCCAUCGGUCGGCGCAUGUACGUGUGGGGAGGCCGGCGCAGCUCGACCGACCUCCACGAUGAGGUGGCCUACUGUGAUCGACUCGCCUACCUAGACACCACCAAUGGCGCCUGGGUGCACCCGGUCACCAAGGGCAUGACGCCGCUGGGACGGUGCAGCCACGCCGCCUUCGUCUACAAAGGCGAGAUGUACGUGUUCGGCGGCUACAAUGGUCUCCUGGAGACAUUCUUCGGAGACAUGUACAAAUACAGUCCAGAGUGCUCCCAGUGGAGCCCGAUAAAGCUCCUGCGUAGGGGUCCCUCCGCCAGGCGGGGACAUCGAUGCUGCGUAGUCGGCGACCGACUGUUCCUGUUCGGGGGAACCAGUCCGGUGUCGAGCAAGGGCAACGUCGUGGAAGGGUAUCGCCACUCCAGCGAGACCGCGUCCCUCGUGGAGCACCCGGACCUACACAUCCUGGACUUCGCGCCUUCACUGAAGACGCUAUGUCUACUCGUGCUGAUCGACUAUUGCAUGGACAUCAGCGACCUUCCCGACGAAAACAAGCAACCUAGAGAAGAACCGGGUGACACAGAGAUGGAAACUCCGGUCGUCACAGACGAGCUGCGGUCGUUUGGUGACUUCACUGCGUCCCAGGCGACGCAGCCUCCCAGCGAAGAGAUGUGGCCGGAGUCUUACGAGGCCCCAGCGGAGGUCGUUUACGUCGAAGACAACGCUCAGAGCGCGGCUACAACGAUGGCUCAAUCGGAGCUUGCUGGACCCUGCCCGGACGCAUACACUCCGCAGUGUCAGUCCGCUAUCUCCCAGGACAUUGGACAGUCCCUGCCUCCCAGCGGCAACUUUUGUCGGCCGACGCCCGGCUGUCCCACCGACGAUCAGCAGACGAGGCGCUUCUACACCGGCGACAUAUCGGAAGCCUACGACGAGGCGUGCAACUUCUGGAGCUUCCUGGAUCAAGAACUGGAGCCCAAGCUGGACAUAAAGGUCGAGCGGAGGUCUCCCUGCUGGCCCGAGGCAGACUCAACGUCGCGCUCUCCAUACGGUACCGGGGGCGCCUACUGUCCGCCAGCGACUCUCGAACAUCAGCAGGGGCUCCCAUACGACGAAGCGCGCGCGCCGGUCAACGCCGACUCCAUGACGAUGACGAGCUGCUGCUACUACGAGCUCCAGCCGCCACAGCCGCCGCCACCGCCUCCCCAGACACACCCACACAGGGACCCGCUGAUGAGCUCCUCGCCCAAUCAGUGGCCGAUGGACCUGUCUGUACGAAUGGGCGCCGCCGACGCCUACUAUCACGGUCAGUUCCCGCCGCCCCAGAGACUGCACUCGGCCGUUGGAUUGGACUGGCACCAGCAGUCUCAGCAGCAGCAGUUCAUCGACAAUGGCGCCGCCAGAGCACCUCCGAUGAGCCGGCGCCCUUCGCUUUCGGCGUUUGAUAAUGGAUUUGAAUCUACCGCCGCCGGCUUCUAUGCGAACCAGGAUCCCCGACGGAAACUUAUAGCCAGGCGUCUCUUCGAAUGGCGCUCCGAGCCGAGCCUACCAGGCACCUCCGUCGCCGCCAGAGACGAUGACGACGCUACUGUCAGCUGUCCAACAGAAGCAGCAGCAGCAGGUGAUUGCCAAUGUCGCUGCCUACCACCAGAGGCCCCGCAGCGUGUACGAGAGGCCCUUCGUGGCAGCGCAGAAGAGCGCCAGGGUUCAACCAACGGCGCUCCCCACGCACACCCUGGUCACUCUGAGUCCCUCGCUCCUCCGCCGGCACCCCGGCGGCUGCGGCCAGUGCUUCUCGCUACGCCUCUGGGAGCCCUGCGUACUACAACGCGCUGUUCAAGCCUCUGCCUGUGGUCAACCAGGUGCCUUCCAGGCCCGCAGCCAUCACCGUUUCCACCGCUUCCCACACUACGCCCAGCCCGCACCAACAGCAGCAAGCAGCGCAAGCGGUGGGCGAAGGUCACCAACUACAGCCUCAGCCGCAGCCGCAGCACCAACAGUUUCGGUAUCCCAAGUCCAACCUGA